AUGGACAACAUAACUCGAGCAUCGUGGCCAACUCUUGGCGUCGCGUUGCUGGUCCUAGCAGCCAUCGGACUUCUGGCUGUCUUUGUCACCCUCCAUCUUGUUGCACCCAAGCCCCGCGCCGUACUGCCCUCAGAGAAAGUCUACUUUACCUCGUCCACAUCCGGCAAGCCGAUCAAAGUGACGGCGCCUUGUUGGUUCGAUCGCUGGUUUGCCGAGCGCCGUGUUUCCGAAGCUCGCGCCCACCUCACCGACCCUCGCGAUGUCCCAGACUCGGGCGCAACCAUUGACCCCGCCGAUGUACGCCUGACUGUUGUUCUCCCGGCCUAUAAUGAAGCAACCCGUAUCCUUCCCACCCUUGAGGAAGCAGUGGAAUACUUGGACUCCAACUUUGGCCGCCCCUCGUCCACAAAGACUGGCAGUAAGCCCCUGGUCAGUCCAACAGCCCCGCGUCGCCGUACCAAGAACCCGCCCUCCGAGGUCCUUUCCGGUUACGAGAUCAUCAUUGUCGACGACGGAAGCAAGGACAGCACCGUGGACGUCUGCCUCGACUUCGCCCAGAAGCAGGGCCUGCACGAUAUUCUCCGCGUCGUCAAGCUCGAACGCAACCGCGGCAAGGGCGGCGCCGUCACCCACGGCUUCCGCCACGCUCGCGGUGAGUACGUGCUCUUCGCGGAUGCUGAUGGCGCCACAAAGUUCAGCGACCUCGGCCGUCUGAUCCAGGGCUGUGAGGAGGUUGUCGACGGAUCACAUCGUGGCGUUGCUAUUGGCAGCCGCGCCCAUCUCGUAGGCAGCGAGGCCGUCGUCAAGCGUUCCGCCCUUCGGAACUUUCUCAUGCGAUCUUUCCACCUCGUCCUGAUGAUCCUUACUCCACCCGCCACUUCUCGUCUUCGCGACACUCAAUGCGGCUUCAAGCUCUUCACCCGCGCUGCCCUCCCACAUAUUGUCCCAUACAUGCACACGGAGGGCUGGAUCUUUGACAUUGAAAUGCUACUUCUUGCCGAGUCGGCACCUCCCGCACCGGUACUUGGAGAAGACGGUAGUGUUAUUGGCACCAGCCCAGGUAUUCGCGUUGCCGAGGUGCCGGUUGACUGGCAUGAGGUCCCUGGGAGCAAGCUAAGCGUCAUCUCGGACAGUAUUAAGAUGGCCAUUGGGCUCGCCGUACUAAGGGGUAGUUGGAUGAUGGGCGUCUACCGCCGAAGACUGACAUAG